AUGGAGAACGAGGCAAGAGAAAUCGUUCAUAAAGUGGCGGUUAAGAUUCCCCCUUUCUGGAGCGACGAACCAGAGUUAUGGUUCGCACAGCUAGAGGGACAAUUCAUACUCAGCGGCAUAACACAGGACUCUACAAAAUACUCCUACGUCCUCUCCCAAUUGGAUUCCCGCCAGAUAAAAGAGGUUAAAGACAUAAUAACGCAAACCCCCGAAGCGGACAAAUAUGAAACCAUAAAAAGAGCCCUCAUCCAACGAAUGUCAAUCUCUCAGGAGCAGCGGAUACGGCAGUUAUUAGAACUAGAGGAAAUCGGCGAUCGAAAACCCUCGCAAUUUCUACGACACCUGCGCACAUUAGCAGGAGAAAACGUGCCUGAUUCUCUCUUGAGAACACUCUGGCUUGGGAGACUUCCCAAUCAAAUGCAGAUGAUUCUCGCAACCUGCACCGAGGAUCGCCUCAAUGAAGUAGCUGAACAAGCUGACCGCAUCCAUGAAAUGUCAUCAAGGGCCGUCGUAGCAGUAACUGAUGCCCCUAAACCAAGAAAGUCUAACCCAACACUGGAAAAACAGAUCCAGGCCUUAGCGAAACAAGUGGCAACCUUAACCACGCGUCUGGCAAGAGGAAGAGCGAAGGAAAGAGAUUCAGACAGAAGGAGCCGAAGCCGAAGCCGAAGCAAAGAAUAUAAUAAAAAUCACUGUUUCUAUCAUAAUAGAUUCGGCGAAAAAGCAAAGAAAUGCACGCAACCAUGCACUGACAAAGACUCGGAAAAAGACCAGGGCAGCCACUAA